UCCCCCUAUGUGACACAGGUGUGCGUGUAAGCGUCACAGUGGCCAUUGGGGUCCUGCUGGGUGAGCAUCUGUAGCAGUGACGCAGCCGCCCUGUCUCCUCGACUCUGUGCAGUGUGUCUGUUCAGGUGACUGCGUGCUGGAGCCUUUCAUGUGUGAGCGUCUGUCGGGUGAAGCAGCCGGGAGUGUCUCUGCAACUCUGCUUUUGUGAGGCCAGCCAUCCUUAAGAAAAAAAAUCUUUAAAAGGAAGAAGAAUUGUUAUACGUCUUAAAAAUCAAGGUUCAGGCCAGCUGUCCUUCAGGAAAAGCAUCCUGAGGAGGAGGAAGAAUUGUUACACAUCUUAAAAUCCAGAUUCAGUCUCCAGGUUAACUGAUACUGCGUUACCCAAAGCUCCCACCUGAAUCACCUAGUUGGUCUUUCUGGAGUGGCCAGCCCCCCUUGGAAACAAAGACAUUCCUAUCAGAUUUUGUGUCUUCUGUAGAAGAAGCCCCAGGAGGACUGAUCAGUUCUUGAAUUCUAAAGCUAUGGCCCACGGUUUGAUAACAUUCUCAGAUGUGGCCAUAGACUUCUCUCAGGAGGAGUGGGCCUGUCUGAACUCUGCUCAGAGGGACCUAUACUGGGAUGUGAUGUUGGAGAACUACAGUAACUUGGUCUCACUAGAUUUGGAGUCAGCAUAUGAGACUAAGAGCUUAGCUGCAGAAAAGAACAUUUCUGGAAUAAAUUUUUCCAAAGGGAAUUCAGAUGGAAAAAGUAAAUCCCUUGGCAUUAACUGGAUGCGGGAACGUGAUCCUGCAGGACCACGGGGCUCUCGAGAGGGACGUUUGAAUCAAAAGAAAAUCAGCAGAGGGAAAAGGCCUACCAAUAAAGAAAGUACACCUUCUAGAUCACAACAGAGACAUCAUAAUAAGGCGAGUUCCUAUGAAUGUAAGGAAUGUGGGAAGGGUUUUAGUCGUGGCUAUCAACUUAGUCAACAUCAGAAAAUUCAUACUGGUGAGAAACCUUACCAAUGUAAAGAGUGUAAGAAGGCUUUUCGUUGGGGUAAUCAGCUUACUCAACAUCAGAAAAUUCAUACUGGUGAGAAACCUUAUGAAUGUAAAGAUUGUGGGAAGGCCUUUCGAUGGGGCUCAAGCCUUGUUAUUCAUAGGAGAAUUCAUACUGGUGAAAAACCCUAUGAAUGUAAGGACUGUGGAAAGGCCUUUAGACGUGGUGAUGAACUCACUCAACAUCAGAGAUUUCAUACUGGUGAAAAAGACUAUGAAUGUAAGGACUGUGGGAAGACCUUUAGCCGUGUAUAUAAACUUAUUCAGCAUAAGAGAAUUCAUAGUGGUGAGAAACCCUAUGAAUGUAAAGACUGUGGGAAGGCUUUUAUUUGUGGCUCAAGCCUCAUUCAGCAUAAGAGAAUUCAUACAGGUGAGAAACCCUAUGAAUGUCAAGAAUGUGGGAAGGCCUUUACCCGAGUCAAUUAUCUUACUCAACAUCAGAAGAUUCAUACUGGUGAGAAACCUCAUGAAUGUAAGGAAUGUGGGAAGGCCUUUCGUUGGGGGUCAAGCCUUGUUAAGCAUGAGAGAAUUCAUACAGGGGAGAAACCAUAUAAAUGUACAGAAUGUGGGAAGGCCUUUAAUUGUGGCUAUCACCUUACCCAGCAUGAGAGAAUUCACACUGGUGAAACGCCUUAUAAAUGUAAGGAAUGUGGAAAGGCCUUUAUUUAUGGCUCAAGCCUUGUUAAGCAUGAGAGAAUUCAUACAGGGGAGAAGCCCUAUGAGUGUAAGGAAUGUGGGAAGGCCUUUAGUCAUGGCCAUCAACUUACACAGCAUCAGAAAACUCAUAUUGCGAAAUCCUAUGAAUGUAAGGAAUGUGGAAAGGUAUUUAAUCAUUUAAACCAUCUAAGAGAACAUCAGAAGACUCAUAACAGUUGAAAACCCUUUUGAAUACAGUAGUCCCCCAAUCCUCAGUUUUGCUCUCCAUGCUUUCAGUUACCCACAGUUAAUACAGUCCAAAAAUAUUAAAUGGGAAAUUCCAAAAGUGAACAAUUCAUAAGUUUUAAAUUAUGCACCAUUCUCAAUAGCAUGAUGAAAUCUUGCGCCUUCCAACUCCAUGAGCCUGGACCAGGAAUCCUCCCUUUGCCCAGCAUAUCCAUGCUGUAUAUGCUACCUGCCUGUUCAUCACUUAGUAGCCAUCUCAGUUAUCAGAUCGACUGUCAUGGUACCGCAGUGCUUAUGUUCAGGUAACCUUUAUUUUUCUUGAUAACCCAAAGCGCAAGAGUAGAGAUGCCAGCAAUUUGGAUAUGCCAGUAAUUUGGAUAUGCCGGCAAUUUGGAUAUGCCAAAAAGAAGCUAAGUGCUUCCUUUAGAUGAAAAGGUGAAAGUACUCAAUAAGGCAAGAAAAAAAACUUAUAUGCUGAGGUUGCUAAGAUCUACAGUAUAACAAGAUUAUUUUGAGAGAGAGACCACAUUCACAGAAGUUUUACUACACUAUAUUGUUAUAAUUGUUCUAUUUUAUUGUUAGUUAAUUGUUGUUAAUCUCUUACUGUGCCUAAUUUAUAAAUUAAAGUUUAGGUAUAUAUGUAUGUACGUAUAGGAAAAAACGUAGUAUAUAUGGUGUUCAUUACUAUCCAUGGUUUCAGGCAUCCACGCGGGGGUCUUGGAGCUUAUUCUCCUGUGGAUGAGGGGGAACCACUGUACAAAGAAUGUACAGGGCCGAGCCCGUGGUGCACUCGGGAGAGUGCGGCGCUGGGAGCACAGCGACGCUCCCGCUGCGGGUUCGGAUCCUAUAUAGGAAUGGCUGGUGCACUCACUGGCUGAGUGCCGGUCACGAAAAAAAAAAAAAAAAGAAAAGAAUGUACAAAGUCGUCUAAACUACGUUCAUUCCUUCCUCAACAUUAGGAAAGUUUAUGAUAUAAUUUAACAUAAGAAAGCCUUCCCUGGCCACUCUUCUACUUAUAGAAUAUCAGAAGUCGUACUAGAGACAAACCUGGAGAGUGGAGAAAUCGUUUUUUCUUAAUGAUCACAACAUACUCAGUGUAAAGUAUGUGUUUUUAUUGUAUAGUUUAAUUUAGUGGACGCGCGGAAGCCUACCCAUACCAUUCUGUCUUUACCACAUUUCAGAUUCGUUCUAGGGAAUAACCCUGCUAAUGUAACGUGUGUGGGAAAGCCUUUAGUCAUGGCACACGCCCCACCCAUUGUCAUCACCGUCCCACCUCUUUGCUCCCUGUGAGACACUGACCAAACUGCUCACUACCCCUGUGCAUUGUUUGUAAAAUGUACAUUAUGUGCGUUAUUUGUACAUAGGGAUAAUCACAUCUACCUAAGACUGCUAUUGUGAAAAUUAAAUGUUUGGUACAUGUAAACUCCUGGAAAAUGUAUUUGGAAUAUUGUGUAAGCCGAACAAAUAUUAGCUAUUGUUCUUAUGAUCAUUCCCAUUAGUGUUGCUCUAAGUGAAUUGUUACAAGAACCCCUCUCCUCCCUCAGGUGCAGUGAGUUUAGAAAAGACUAUCAAACUUCUAGAAGAAAACACAGGAGAUUACUGUCACAACUUUGGGUUAGACAGUGAUUUUGUAGUAUGCAAAAGAUGCUAAACAUAAAAUAGUGUCGUUAGACUUCAUCAGAGUACAAAGUUCUGUUCAUCAGAUAAUGCAUUAAGAUAGGCAAAAGGCAAGAAGUAGACUGGAAGAAGGUAUUUGCUGUACAUAUACUUGACAAAGGACUCACAGAAAAUAUAAAGAAUCCCUCAUGAAUAAAAUGACAAAUGAAUUAAGAGGGGGGAAAACUUAAACACUUCACAGGAAAUCACCAAAUGGCCAAUAAGUAAGUGAAAAUGUGUUCAACAUCAUUACUCAUCAAGGAAAUGCAAAGUAGAGCAACGUGAUGUCACUAGACAGUCACCAGAAUGGCUAAAAUUAAAAUCACAAUAACUAAGAGUAAGUUUCUAAUGUCUCAUCACAAAAGUCGAUAAAUGAGGUGUGGAUAUGUUAAUUGGCUUGAUUUAAUCAUUCCACAUUGUAUACGUACAUCAUAACAUUGUACUUCAUAGA